AUGCCGUGGGAUUACUUUUCCUUUUUUACACGACAGGUGUCGCCUCAACCUAACAAACACAACCAUCGACGAAUUGAGUCAGGACUUUGGCAACAUAUUGCAGGACGCUUCAUCGAUGAGACAAAACUGCACCAGCUCCUGAAGGAGCAUUUCGGAGACAAAUAUCUUUUGCAGAUGUCAUCGAACAAUUAUUGGUUGUGUGCUAAGCGAAAGCUAACAGAGGAAGAAAUCAUGAGAUGUUGCUGA